AUGCGUUUCCCGCCCAUGCCCUACAUGGACCGCAUCAUCGGCAACAAAUCAUGGAGUCUCAUCCCUUACAUCAACAAGCAGGUCUCCGAACGCGACCAGGUGGUCCAGAAGCACUACAUCUUCAAGACGGACAACACGUUGAGACGCUACAACGGCGUCACGUCCCUGCUCCAAGAACCUACCUCGGCGUCCCCCGACCGAUACGACGUGCCCGUCUUCGACUCGGCCUUUGAGACGCAGUCCGCAAGCACGGUCUGGGCGGACCAGGUCAAGUUCAUGACCGACGAGCUGACGGCGGACUUCACCUCCGGGUUCAACCUGCUCAUGGAGUACGACUCCGUGACGGUGCGGCAGUUCCUGCUGGACAAGGGCUUCACCAACACCGAGAUCGACUGGCUGGAGACCAUCAACGACGCCACCGGCCACUACGACAUGUACUCCAUGUCCCAGGCCGUGCUGGAGCAGUGGAUCUUUGACAGCGCCGACAUCAACAAGUGGACCCUCAUCAACGGCGGCAUGGACAUGCUGACCAAGGGCAUGAACCUCGUCGUCAAGAACAAGCCCGUCCUCCACAACAGGGUCACCGACAUCAAGAAGGGCCCCAGCGGCACGCUGAAGGUCGUCGUCAACGGCACCGAGGAGUACAGCUACGCCCACGUCAUCUCGACCGUCCCGCUGGGCGCCCUCCAGGUCAUCAACAUGACCGAGUUGGAUCUGAGCUACUUUGAGAACAAUGCCAUCCGCACCUUGAAGUGGGAGAACCUCACGACCGGCAACUUUCAGGGCGGCCAGUCCUUCACCGAUCUCCCCAUCCGCCGCUGCGUGUAUCCCUCCUACGGUGUCGACGUGCCGAACGCGCCCGGCUCCAUGAUCGCCAGCUACGUCUGGGGCCAGGACGCCUCGCGCCUGGGAUCGUACCUGAACCCGCACAACCCGACGACGCAGGCGCCCUACCAGCCCGAGAGCGCCGACGUCCUGAUCGACGUGAUGCUGAGGAACCUGGCGGAGCUCCACGGCGUGUCUCACGAGUUCGUCCUCUCGCAGUUCGAGACCUACCACGCGUACGACUGGUACGGCUCGGCCUACUCCAACGGCGCGUUCGCCAUCUUCGGGCCGGGCCAGUUCAGCAGCACCCUCCCCUGGCUGAUGCGGCCCGCGGCCAACGGCCACCUGCACUUCGGCGGAGAGGCGCUGAGCUCCGGGCACGCGUGGAUCAUUGGCGCUGUGAACAGCGCCUGGAGGACCGUGUUCGAGAUUCUGGACACCGAGGGGCUUGAGGACAAGAAGAAGGAGUUCAUCGACCAGUGGGGGGUCAUCGACGAGGUCGACAUGGGCUGGUACAACUGGUCGCCAGAGGGCGAACCUUGA